CUCACUUCCGGCGGCGGUUGCCGGGGUGACGCGGUCAGCGGGGAGGCCGCGCUGGGCCUGCUGCGCCGUGCUGCCGUGAGGGGCGGCGCGCCCCGCUCCGCCGGGAUGUUCAUCUACCUGUGCAAGAAGAUUGCAAUUCCUGGUAAUGUUCGAUUAAGAUGUAUUUCCUGGAAUAAGGAUCAAGGUUUCAUAGCCUGUGGUGGAGAGGAUGGAUUACUAAAAGUCUUAAAAUUAGAAACACAGACAGAUGAAGCAAAAAUAAAGGGACUUGCAGCUCCUAGCAAUCUUUCUGUGAAUCAAACUCUUGAAGGUCAUAGUGGUUCUGUGCAAGUGGUGACAUGGAAUGAACAGUAUCAAAAACUGACUACAAGUGAUCAAAAUGGACUUAUCAUUGUGUGGAUGCUGUAUAAAGGUGCUUGGUACGAAGAGAUGAUUAACAAUAGAAAUAAAUCUGUUGUUCGAAGUAUGAGCUGGAAUGCUGAUGGAAAAAAGAUUUGUAUUGUGUAUGAAGAUGGAGCUGUGAUUGUUGGAUCAGUGGAUGGCAAUCGCAUUUGGGGAAAAGAUUUGAAAGGUACCCACCUGUGCCACGUGGCCUGGUCCUCCGAUAGCAAAGUUUUACUCUUUGGAAUGUCAAAUGGAGAAAUUCACAUUUAUGACAAUCAGGGAAAUUUUAUUGUGAAAAUGAAACUGAGUUGUUUGGUGAACUUAACUGGAGCAUUCAGCAUUGCUGGAAUCCAUUGGUAUCAUGGCACAGAGGGCUACAUUGAACCAGAUUGUCCUUGUCUUGCUGUCUGUUAUGACAAUGGAAGAUGCCAGAUAAUGAGAGAUGAGAAUGACCAUAAUCCUGUUUUGAUUGACACUGGUAUGAUUGUGGUAUGUAUCCAGUGGAACCACUGUGGAAGUGUAUUGGCGGUGGCAGGCUCCCUAAAAACAGCUUCUCAAGAUAAAGAUGUAAACAUUGUACAGUUCUAUACUCCGUUUGGUGAGCAUUUGCGCACACUGAAAGUACCUGGCAAACAGAUCUCUGCCUUGUCUUGGGAAGGAAGUGGACUGAAAAUUGCACUGGCUGUCGAUUCUUAUAUAUACUUUGCAAACAUUCGUCCUGAUUACAAGUGGGGUUACUGCUCCAACACGGUUGUUUAUGCUUAUACCCGACCUGAUCGUCCAGAAUACUGUGUAGUCUUUUGGGACACAAAGAACAAUGAGAAGUAUGUGAAAUAUGUCAAGAGCUUGAUUUCCAUAACAACUUAUGGAGACUUCUGUGUUUUAGCAACUAAAGCAGAUGAAAAUCAACCUCAGGAGGAGCAUGAGACCGAGUCAAUUGGUGCAACGUAUGUGCUGGUUCUCUGCAAUUCUAUUGGCACUCCCUUGGACCCAAAAUACAUUGAUAUUGGGCCGUUGUUUGUCACAAUGACCAAAACGCAUGUGGUAGCAGCUUCAAAAGAAGCGUUUUACGUCUGGCAGUAUCGCGUGGCCAAGAAGCUCACAGCAAUGGAAUUUAAUCAGGUAGCACGGACCAGAAAAGAAGGCAGGGAAAGGAUUUAUCAUGUUGAUGACACCCCUUCAGGACCUGCAGGUGGACACCUUGAUUACGGCAGAGCUAUUGAAUUUCAGGGAACAAGAGAUCCAAUUUGUGCAAUAACAGCAUCUGAUAAGAUGCUACUUGUGGGAAGAGAGUCUGGCACUCUUCAGAGAUACAGUCUUCCCAACGUUGGUAUAGUACAGAAGUUUACCCUGAACUGUCAUGCGUAUCAGCUGUCUUUGAACUGUAACUCCAGUCGUGUUGCUGUCAUAGACCUUUCAGGUGUUUUGACUUUCUUUGACUUGGAUACACGGGUAGUAACCAGUACAGGACAGCAAAUGAUAGGUGAGCAGCUGAAACUGGAACGCAAAGAUGUCUGGGAUAUGAAAUGGGCCAAAGAUAACCCAGAUCUGUUUGCAAUGAUGGAGAAAACAAGAAUGUAUGUUUUCAGAAACUUGGAUCCAGAGGAACCUAUACAAACUUCUGGAUAUAUUUGCAACUUUGAAGACUUAGAAAUCAAAUCUGUUCUUCUCGAUGAAAUAUUAAAGAAUCCUGAACAUCCUAACAAAGAUUACGUCAUCAAUUUUGAGAUUCGAUCAUUACGAGACAGUCGAGCAUUGAUUGAAAAAGUUGGCAUUGAGGAAUCUUCCCAAUUCAUAGAAGACAAUCCACAUCCCAGACUUUGGCGUCUCCUGGCUGAAGCUGCUCUUCAGAAGCUGGAUCUGCAGACUGCUGAACAAGCUUUUGUACGCUGCAGAGAUUAUCAAGGUAUUAAAUUUGUGAAGCGUUUGGGCAACCUGCAGAGCGAGUCAAUGAAGCAAGCAGAAGUGGCAGCCUAUUUCAGCAGAUUUGAAGAAGCUGAAAGAAUGUAUCUGGAUAUGGACAGAAGAGAUCUUGCCAUUGGGCUGCGGAUAAAACUGGGAGAUUGGUUCCGAGUAUUGCAGCUGUUGAAAACUGGCUCAGGUGAUUCAGAUGAUGCCCUUCUUGAACAAGCACACAAUGCUAUUGGAGAUUACUUUGCAGACCGUCAGAAGUGGUUAAAUGCUGUACAGUAUUAUGUACAAGGACGAAACCAGGAACGUUUAGCUGAAUGUUACUACAUGCUAGAGGACUACCAAGGACUGGAAAAUCUAGCUAACUCACUUCCAGAGAAUAAUAAAUUGCUCCCUGAUAUAGCUUAUAUGUUUGUAAGAGUGGGGAUGUGUGAACAAGCUGUGUCAGCCUUUCUGAAAUGUAAUCGACCAAAGGAUGCGGUAGAUACCUGUGUACAUCUCAAUCAGUGGGAUAAAGCUGUGGAGCUGGCUAAAAAUCACAACAUGAAAGAGAUUGGAUCCUUGCUAGCCAGAUAUGCAAGUCAUUUACUGGAAAAGAAUAAAAUCUUUGAUGCUAUAGAACUCUAUCGUAAAGCAAAUUAUUUCUUAGAAGCUGCUAAGCUCAUGUUCAAGAUUGCAGAUGAAGAGUCAAAGAAAAGGACAAAGCCUUUGCGAGUUAAAAAGCUUUAUGUAUUAUCAGCCUUACUUAUAGAACAGUGUCAUGAACAAAUACAAAAUGCACAAAGGGGAAAAGUUAAAGGAAAAAGUUCAGAGACUGCUUCAGCUCUGGCGGGUUUGCUAGAAGAAGAUGUUCUUUCUUCAACUAAUCGCUUUGCAGACAAUGCUUGGCGAGGAGCUGAGGCUUACCAUUUUUUCAUACUAGCACAAAGACAGCUCUAUAAAGGUUCUGUAGAAGCAGCACUUAAAACAGCUUUUCAUUUGCGAGAUUAUGAAGACAUUAUCCCUGCAGUUGAAAUCUAUUCUCUUUUGGCACUCUGUGCAUGUGCAAACAGAGCAUUUGAUAUCUGUUCAAAAGCCUUUGUUAAACUAGAAUCAUUGGAAACUCUUAGGCCAGAGCAGAGACAACAGUAUGAAGACCUUGCUCUAGAGAUAUUCACAAGACGUAGUCCGAAGAGUAACAAAAAAUCUGACUUGGAUGACAUGCUUGAUAGCGUAGAUGGGAAACUUCCUGUAUGUGUUGCAACAGGAGACCCGAUCCUGGAGCAGCGGUUCUGGAUGUGCAGUGUCUGUAAGCACUGUAUGAAACCCAAAGAGGCAAGCAAUUGUAGUUUCUGUCCUCUGUGCCACAGCACAGUAUAGCAGAAGAUAAAGGACUGUUUAUCCUCAUAUCUGUUACAGAUCCUAAAAAAAGUCUCUAAAAUGUUACUGACUGAUGUACUAAUAUUUUGAAAUACUGUAUUCUAACAGAUAGUGCCACUAUUGGAGAAACACUUAAAAACCAAACGAAACCAAACAAACCACACAAAAUCCCCAACCAACCAAAAAAACCCCACCAACCGAAAAAAAACCCAACCAAACCCCCAAAGCAAACCAACCAACCAACCAAAAACCCCAGAAAACCCGUAUGAAAAAACUUUCCAUUUAUAUGAAGAAAAGACUGUGGUAACAGACUCCAAUUUUGUUACAUUUUUUUUAUUUUUACAAAGGUUUAAGGUUAAAGCAUUCUGUUUAAUUGUAAAUUGAGCCUUGUUUCAAAACCAUGCAAAUUUAAUGUCGAUUCAUCGUAAUAUGUUUUACUCUGGGCAAGCUCCAAUUUUCAUUUUUGUAAUUCCAUAGGACAUGACUAGUUUUUCUCAAAAUUCACUAUUUUUUUUAAAUAAAUAAUUCCUGAGUUUAAAUAAUACCGCUGUAUUAUUGUAUAUGGUUUUUCUCCUACUGGUUUACUACAAUGGUACCAGUUUAGGCAUAUAUUUGUGCUGUUUUCUUUAGUCAAGUGUUUUUAAACCCAGGAGAGCAAUAAAGGGCUUGCAGAUAUUUAGUAAUCAGUCCGUUAGGCAGUGUCUGGGUUCUCGAGCUGUGGUGGUGUCUUCAGCCAACUAAGGGAAGCGUGACAUCAUCUGACACUGUGUGUGCAUUCGGGUGCUUUUGGGAGGAGAGCGCAAUGCCUCUUCUUGCACAGCCUUUCUGCGCAACUAACACCUCUCGCCCAAAUGUAGGCCAGGUAAGAAUAAACCCCAUUUUGCACGGAAAAUACUAAACAGUACGAUGUCUUUUUUCCCGUCCGGGUACCUGAGUUUCUUUCUCCCUCCUGCACACGGCCAUUAGGGGGCAGUGCCCGCCGCCUUACCCGCGCCCCACCCGCGGGGCGGGCACUGCUGUGUGCGUGCCCUUCGCGGCUCCCGCGGCGCUCGGUCCGGUGCCGGCGCUCGGCCGCCUCCCCGCGGCGCGGCGCGGCGGAGCUGCCGCCAUGGAGCGGGUGCAGGCGGUGGGCGCGGUGGAGCUGCUGGCGGCGGCGCAGGCGCAGCUGUCGGCGCGGCGGCUGUCGGCUGCGGAGGAGCUGUACAGCCGCCUCAUAGCCCGCGGCGCGGGGCCUGGGUACGUGCCGGGGCGGGGUUGUGGGUGUGUGGAACGCAAGGACCGUCACAUCAUAAUGGCCGCUCUCUGUCCCCGCGCAGCGCCGACCACCACCUGGCCACCGCCCUCAACGACCGGGGCCACAUCAAGUACUUGCGGGUGGAGUUCGCCGCCGCCAUGGAGGACUACACGGCCGCCAUCGAGUGCCAGCCCGGCUUCGAGGUGCCCUACUACAACCGCGGCCUGGUGCUCUACCGGCUGGGAUGCUUUGAUGAGGCCAUGAAAGAUUUCAGGAAAGUAUUAGAGUUAAAUCCCCAGUUUGAAGAUGCUGCACUGAGUCUAAAGCAGGCUAUUCUUGAUAAAGAAGAAAAACAAAAGCGAGGUUAUUGAAAAUGCAGCUACUGGUGUGCAAAAACUCGUGAUUUUUGUCAUCGAUGGAUGAAACACAAGAUCAUUUGCAUCUGUUAUGACCUGCUAAAGAAACCUUGCUUUGGGGUAAAUAAGUUAAAAAUGGAUUAUGAUUGCAAAAGGAACUAUUUUUGCAUAUGCUUAGUGCUGAAGAAGAGCAUAAUGUUAGAUCUCUGUGAGAUACUUGUACAGAUUUUGUACAGAUGUACUUUAUAAAGACAUUGGAAGCCUAAUAAAAGCGGAUGAAGUCUGUA